AUGUUGGGAACUACAGCUCUGAACCUCAGAUACUUCUUCUAUCCUAUUGGCAACACUCCAGCCGUCAAUGUCGUUCAGGACCGCUUUCGUCCAGCAAAUGGAGCAACAUAUGAUGCACCAGUGAAGGUGUUGUUUCUAGCUUAUGGAGAUCCAAGAAACCUGCUCUUCUCCCUUUGGUAUGAAAGGAAUACUGACGAGCAGACCAAAUGGGAAUUUACUUGUUGUGACAUCGACGCAGCGGUUCUUGCCCGUAACAUCAUUCUUAUAUCAUUGAUCAUCGAUGAGGUCUCUUUCACAUCAACAUGGAACAUAUUCUACCAUCUCUACAUCCCUGAUGCCGACAUUGAUCUUCUGCAUGCGCAGGCUGAGAAGCUGCUACUCCAAUCCGACUCCAUAAAUAGAUGGAUGUCAUCCGUAUACGGGAAAGCGAUCAGUUUCUUGGAUCAAGACACCUUAAAUCGGCUUCGCGCGUUAUGGACAAAGUAUGCGGCGACUGCAGCUCUCAACAUCGAUGCAAGGAAGCAAUUCGAGGUAACCACACGAGGGAAAAUCAAGAAGAUGUUCGAUAGAUCUCAAGAGAACUCUAUGCAUGUUCAAGGCCUCCGCUCAGUAGGGCCAAAUUGGACUGGUGCUGUAGAAACCAUUUCUUACUGUUUUAGCCGGUUCUGGGAGACUGGCGUUGUUGCUGGUAAUUUACCAGAUUUGCAAGAACUUAGCUCAAGCCAAGGAGGACGUGUGAACCCUAUGUUUGCGAUCUCCUCGUCGUCGACCGAAGAGUUUGCUGUUCAUUACGGAUCUGAACCUCUGCUUGGAUUCCAUCUUGCAACCGCUUUUGAUGGUGAGCUCUCUUCAAAGCUGGAGCAUGCAGAAAUUGUUGUCCAGGUCGCAAAAUCACAAUUUCGAGAUUGGUGCACAGCUCUCCAGACUCAGGUGAAAUUGGGGGCUAUCGAGAUCAGUAUUUUCUGGGGCGACGCUUUACGUUUUUGCUAUGAACUACAAGCCAACGGCGAUCCUGCAAGAAAUUCAAUAACAACAGCCAGAGCAUAUCGGAGCCCUUGGUUAUCAAACAGACUGUGUAUUAAUCGUUUGAAGCCCUAUGUUGCUUACGAUGUCAUCGAUACGUCCAACCUUAUCGAUCAUGUCGGGAUCCUAAAUACCCUACCUGCUGUGGCGCCACUCUUGUCUCGAAAAUCGACGUCGGUGCUAUUUACAGAUAGUUUAUUGAAAGUGGCAGAAGAUCCUGCAGCAGCCUUACCGGCCUUGCUUUGUUCAGAUGUGACAAUGAUAUCAUUGUUGCUUGGACUUGCCCCUGCAGGGCACCUCGUCGGAUACACUACAGAUGCAUUGGGAACAGAAGCUGCUACAAGGCUUGCAUUCCCGGGUGUGCCCGGACGGCAGAGCCAAUACUACCUGCGUAUCGCCUGGAAAAUUCCAAGCUUUGGUGAGCGCCUUGAAGAGAUGGCAUCCGAGCCACUCGAGUGGGAAAUUCGAUCUAGUCCAGAGGAACUCUCCAUGUACUUUUUCAACUCUAUCUGGCUAUUUUCGCCACUGGCUGUGGAUCUACGGCACUACAACCGGUUGAGCUUUGUCCUUCUUCUUUACAUGGCAAAGCAUCGCAUUCAAACUGAUUGGCCUGGACUCAUAACUUCACUCCUAGAUAAGAUAGGGUCGGAUAGACGGCUGCUUGUUGGUAGCAAUUCUGUCCAGGAAUUUUAUGUCUUACUUCACCUCUCUGGUCUAUUCUGUACAGGAAUUCUCAAGCGUCCACCUCGCGAGAUUGGAAUGACACCCUACGGACGACCCCGGCCACCAUCCGCCGAUCCAGAUUUAUUAGGACGAAGUGAUGUUCCGUCUAUCAUCUUCGUAGCUUUGAAUGUGCCUCGAAAAAGCUUAAAGUGUUCACUAAUCAAGAUCGAAACACUGUUGGCACACCAGGACUUCAUCUCAGUUGUCACAAAUAUGGAACAAGGUUUUGAUAACAGCUUCUUCGCCAUUCAAUGCUUCUUCGGGAAGCUGCUCCCGGUGGUCAAUGAUGACAGCGUCUGUAAUGUCCUUCCCGAUGACCGUGGAUGGGGAGGUAUAGCAGACUUAGUUGUAACUUGUGCUGUACCUUCAUGGUCGCUGCUUCUCGGAAGUAGAAGCACCCUCGAGGUUGCCUUGACAGUAACUAUCUUUGCUUUUGGAGUCGACGACGAUAAAGUACGACUUCUUAGAGAGCCACCAGGGGUACGUCUCCUUUCUCAUAAUGAACUCGAAUCUCUACGGAGUGCCCGAUUCGAGUCUCAGGAGCCAUUUUGGAUUCAUUUCGACAAAAGCCAUAAGCCACAAACGAUGAAAAUGCGGGUGUACCCCCAAGCUUCGAAAGGCGACAAGAAAUUGUCAAUCUCACAGGUCUCACCUUGCACUCUUAACGUCAAACACCAAGGUUCCGAUGAUGUACAGCUGACAUAUCCGUAUCCAGUCGACGGGAAGGAGAAAAAGGCAAAAAUUACAUCUGAGGGAUACAUCGAAGUGACUGUCCUGAUUGCUACAGCUCCAUCAGGAGGUGGAUACGACCACAAUCCAUUCCCAGUAUGCAUUCGGGGCACCCAAACAGCUCCCAUGUCUAUUCCUCACAUCAAUAUGAACAUACAACCGAUUAUUCACGCUCUAGAUAAGGCAAACUGGAUUCCACAGUUCCUUGGCUGGACUCUGAGUGGGAGAGAAAGGAAGUUACGAGAACAGAAAUCACUAGACAGGUUCUCUGACGGUAUGCUACAACUCAAGAGCUCGAUCAACGCUAUAUUUCCAAGUUUCAUUGGAUUGAGAUCAGAAUUAUGGUCAAGUGCGGCUGUUUCAGCUCACAUGCAAGCAUAA